AAAAUAAUUUUUAAUAACAUAUUUGUAAUCAGAUGAGGUAAUCCUUGUUAAAUGUAAACUGUCCUAUCCACCUACCGUGCUCUCUACCUGUGCACCCGAUACUGGGUGAGUUUCAGUGCCACUCAUGUUUUCAUGUUCAUCCUGACAUCUUUGCUGACAUCUUUCCCACAGUAGGAACCAGUCCUUCUCAAGACCUCAUGAUGACAGCCAUAAUCUUCUAAUUAUUAUUAUUUCACGUUAUUCUGGUGCCUUAGAAAUAAACCUCUGCCUGUAAGACCGUCCUGAGUAAACAUGCUUUCUAAGUAAAUACUCAAGUGACAGGGGUAUAAUAUGCUUGAUGGGGGGACAAACUGUGCUAAGACAGAUGGAGCCACUGGCAUUUACACUCGUCUUGAGGGAAACCCGUACACUCUUUACAUAAGCCAGCGUUCCUUCUCGAGUCCGGAGACAGAUCUCUCACGACAAUGGGUAGACAUGCCUUCACAGGUUCGUGGGCUCCGAUGUCUGCUCUGGUAUUUUGGUUAGGGGUGUACAUGUAAAUAUAAUGACUUGCACAUGCACAUCUUCCCCAAUUCAACUUAAUAUUCUGCAAUCAUUUCCCUUCAUUAUUGUUGUCGUAUCACGUAAGGCCCUUCUGCUCUGUUUCCUCUUCCUUUUUUUUUUAUUAGGCGCUUCAUUAGGUGCACGUGACUAAAAACCACAAUCUGCCGCUCAGUGUGAGUCACUGGCGAAGGGACCGAGGUUUGCCAUGGUAACCGGGUAACAGGAUGCAAGUCGAACAACAUUCGACUUUCAACAUUAAGACCAAACCCUGUUAAGUCGGUCACUGGUUGCACGAGUCUAGGAACAAUGUUGGCACGUCUCACACACAAGCUUGUGUUUUCGCGUAUAAAGGGAGAAAGAAUAUUGACACCACAGGCAGUCUCCUUUAGCUCACGGGGGAAAAAUGCAAUCCAAUUUUCAUCCUAUUUGCUAAAAGCAGACAGACUUACUGGAUUAUUAAAACUACAGAGGGUCUCUCACAUGCAGACAACACAUUUCACAUUGUUUUGUUUCCUGAUAAAUAUCCACUUUAAAAUGAGUAAAAUGGAAAUGUGACACUUUUCAAACGUAGGAGGCAUGGCUCACAACUCAAAAAUGAUGUCCCGCAGAAUACAAAUGGUGAACUGUACAUUCUCACAUUUGUCUGUUUUUCCAGGGCAGAAGUGAAAAGAGUAAUUUGUGAUUUUCAUUAUGUGGAUGCCAACACAAAUUGGGCAGCCAUUUCUCCUUUCUGUUAAAUUAACUGCCGCAGAGAAAUACACAUUAGAGCGUUUGCCACAUCAAAGGGUAAUUUACAUUUCAAUAAUACACAUUUUUAGACAGCAAGCUGGAGAGUGAGAGAGACAGAGAGAGGUGGAGAGAGGGUGAAAAAAAAGAUCAAGCCUUUUAAAACAAAAGUACAAUUUAAAAUCAAAGAGAAGAGAGAGGGGCUCCUUGGAGUGAAGAAUGAUACUGUGGCAGUAUGGUCUUGUGUGGUCCCCCUCACACACACACGCACGCACACACAUACACGCACACACUCUGCCUAAGCCUAUGAGCUGGCUCGGGCCUUCGCUUGCAACACACCCUGAGCUUUAAAAGGCUGGGCUGGAGGUCUGGAGAGGCAUAGUCUCCCCUCCUCCUUAGUGCCGUGUGGGUCGGUGGGAGAGCUCCUCCAUCCUCCUGGACAGCGAUGCAGACACCAUCGCCGUGCGGGGCCCCCGGGCUCCUGCCGCUCCUCCUGGCCCAGCUCCUGCUCUUGACCGCUGCCGGACUGGUUUCCACCGAAGCGAAUCAGGAGAAAGAGAGGGAGCCAGCCUAUUGGAAUGCUCAGGCCAAGGAGACGCUCCAAGCCGCGCUGAGACUCCGCCCCCUAACGCACCGCGCCAAGAACAUCAUCCUCUUCCUAGGGGACGGAAUGGGUGUGUCCACUGUUUCUGCGGCUCGCAUCCUGAGGGGCCAGAUGGAGGGAAGAUCGGGAGAAGAGACAGUACUCGCCAUGGAGACCUUCCCUUACCUGGCCCUCUCUAAGACGUACAGUGUCGAUAAGCAGGUAGCAGACAGCGCUAGCACGGCUACAGCAUACCACUGUGGAGUGAAGGCUAAUUCCAAGACCGUGGGCCUCAGUGCCAACGCAGUGGCCUAUGAAUGCAACACCACCUUCGGUAAUGAAGUGUAUUCUGUGCUACAUCGUGCUAAAGCACAAGUAAUCAAUGGGACUUUACGGCACGCCUGUGUUCCAGGGAAGUCUGUGGGCAUCGUGACCACCACCCGUGUCCAGCACGCCUCUCCGGCCGCCGCUUACGCCCACUCGGUGAGCCGAAGCUGGUACAGCGAUGCCGACAUGCCCUCCAGUGCCCGCCGGCAGGGCUGCGUGGACAUUGCCACCCAGCUGGUGACCAACGUUGACAUUGACGUGAUUUUGGGUGGGGGGAGGAUGUACAUGACCCCGAAGGGCACCCCAGAUCCAGAGUACCCCACUUCUUCAUCCCGGAAAGGGGAUCGCAAAGACAAGAGGAACCUCAUUGAUGUGUGGAGGAAAGCGCGACAGGGCAAGGAUUCCCAGUAUGUUUGGCACAGAAAGCAGUUUGAUGAGAUCAACGUCAAGACCACAGAUCGUCUCCUAGGUCUCUUUGAGCCGAAGGACAUGCGGUUUGAGGUUUUCCGGAAUGCCUCACGUGACCCGUCCAUCGUUGAGAUGACAGAGAAGGCAAUUCAGAUCCUUAGCAAGAACCCCAAUGGCUUCUUCCUCUUUGUGGAAGGAGGGAGAAUUGACCACGGCCACCACGACGGCAUCGCCAAACUGGCGCUGACCGAGGCCGUCAUGUUUGACCGGGCGGUGCACCGGGCCUCCCAGCUCACCAAAGAAUCCGACACUCUCACCGUCGUCACGGCAGACCACUCCCAUGUCUUCACCUUCGGGGGAAACACGCCCCGGGGAAACCCCAUCUUCGGUUUGGCACCCAAGAAGGCGGAUGACAGGAUGCCGUUCACCAGCAUUCUGUACGCCAAUGGGCCUGGUUACGUGCACGCCAACGGGACAAGAGGAAACAUCACUUUAGUGGAUUACUAUGAUGAGGAAUAUAUGCAGCAGUCCGCCGUGCCUCUGGACUCUGAGACCCACGGCGGCGAGGACGUGGCCAUCUAUGCCAAGGGGCCCAUGGCUCACCUCUUCCACGGGGUCAAAGAGCAGAACUACAUCGCCCACGCCAUGGCCUACGCAGCCUGUAUCCCGCCCUACACCGACUGCCCCCCAGCCCCGCCCGCCUCGGGCGGACAGACACGCCUCCCGCCUGAGCCGCUGCUCGGCCUAGCCUGCCUCCUCUGGCUCCUGAUCAGAUGACGACACUGGUCGGGACACGCGUGCCGGGCGCGGGUUUCCGUGUUAGCACGCCCGCGUUGUCCGUGGAAGGUGUGUCGGAACAUUGGUUUGGACGGGACGGACGAUGGGGAAGAAAUGGGGUUGUUAAGUGGGCUCAUCCCCAAAGACUGAUGAGAAAAUGACACACUGUCUGUUUUGAUGCAGGGCUGUAACUUUGAUUCCUACGUCGUAUUGCGGACCACUCAGUGGGGGGGUCUUGACUGGAACUUGAACCCGGGCCCAGAGAGGGGCCAAUCUAACUUUCUUGCAGUCAUAACGCCAAGUCAAAAUAAGCAGAUCUCAUCAGAUUCGUCAAGAUUAAACUAGUGCGGGUGACAACUAAUGACCGAUAUUACCAACACAUUUUGUUUUAGGACAAUGUACUGGAGGUGUUUAGAUUUAAAGUGUGUUAUAUUUUUCAUCACCCAAAUGCGUUUGAAUAAUGUUAUUUCACUCUUGCCUGGUGUCCCCCAUCUCUCUAUCCCACCAGCUAUCAACCGCUUCUGUAGACAUGUCACCAGCCGUGGUACAAGUCAGCUUGGUUUGAACGACCGAAUGCGCUAAAACAGCUAAUCUGUGUAGAGCAGAUGGACUUGAGUCAGAACUCCACUGUUCCCGGAGAAGCACGCGUGACUUGAAGACAUAAGCCAAUGAAGGGACAGUGGAGAUCAAAACAUUUCCCAGAUACAGACCAAACCUAGUGUCGGAGUGAAAAAAAACUACUUUGUUUGUUCCUCUCAUGCAUGUCUGACCACAAGAAACCCUACUGUAUGACGACCAGCCUUGCAGUCAGAGAUGUUUACGAUAAACAAAUAAUAAUUUACCUCACAUGUUGAGCUGGACGUGUAAUAUGUUGUGAUAUGAGCAUGAUCUGUAAGUAUAAUCACUAUCAUACCUCAAUUACCCACAAAAUUCCAGGUUUGAAAGCGUGGGGAUUUGAGGACACAGGGCAUUUGCACACACAUGACAUAAUACACCAUUUUCAUGGAACCUUUUUGGCUCUAAAGCAGAAUUUUUACAACCGGUUACAAAAAAUACAUCUUUAUGGGGAAAUACAUAAAAUAAAGUGGAAUGAAACACUGAAAGCAAUCCAAAAAUGUCUGAUUACAGUUUUGGACAGGUUACAGAUUACAUUCAGGACGUAAUUUACCCAAUCCUGUUCUUAGACCGCGGCUAGACAUAUUCUGUGUCCUUGGAUUGGACAACAGCACAUUAUACAUUUACCAGGUGUUUUUUUUUUUUUUUACCAUGUUAUUAAUUUGAAUGGUUGGCUUGCCCAGUGGGGACGAGGUUAAAUGUUGUCCUGUUUUUGUUCUAUGUACAAUGUCUACCAGUAAACAGAAAUUACAAAUAAACAGGAAGUCAACGGCGAAAAGAUUUUAGGUUGUUUUAUACCUUUCUGUUAUAAUAAUUCUCAGAGUGUGUAGCAUUAUACUCAUUUAUUUAAAAAAUGAAUCUAUUUUGUAUGCAGACCUUGUUCGUGUAUUUUUUACAUU